AUGGUUAUAUGUCGUUUCUGUGGUGGACGCCGAGAGGAAAGCGAUCUUCGCCGUAGUCAAUCCAGAGGGACUGUGCUUGUCAUGUUGUGUGCAUUGUUGGAGAAGAAAACAAUAAACAUGCCUGCUGCCCAAACCUUGUAUGAAGGAUGCGUACGUUUGCGUAAACGCAUCUGCAAAAGUCAUUUUCAUGAAGCGGCUCUUUAUAUUGGCGAGAUGGUUUCUAAAAGAUGCAGCGGCUUUGAUGUGGAGGAUUUGCAGGACCUCUUCACGGUGCCAGCUCGAGUUAUGAGAGAGAUUGUUGAUCGUUUUGAGCCCUACCGUGAUGAAAUUGAUCCUGGAAUCCCUUUGACAUCCUAUAAAUUGGCUUCGUUCCAUCGCGACUUUAGUAGAUUUAAAAUGGACGCGUUUCUUGAGUAUUGGGGGAAAACAGAUUCCGAUCAAGGCGAUAUUGUUGGCGCAACAGUCGAUUCGGACGAGAUGAACGAGGCUUCAGUUAGCCAACCUGAUACUCAGAACAUGAUUUUUCCAAGUGAUGACAAUAGCGACACUGCGAUGUUUUCCUGCGUGAAGGAAGAGAUUCAAGAUCCAGAUUUAAUUUUGGCAGAAGAUAGCCAUGAAGUGGAGCCCAUAUCCGCAUCAUCGCUGUUAGAAACCUCCACGGGCGCCGAAGAUGUUUUGGAUCAUAGCGUUGACAGUCUUGAAGCCAAUAGCAGUCCUGGUCUUCCAGCCGAAUCCUUGUUGGGCUGCUCAUCCUGCGCAAAAUUACAUUCAAGGAUGGCGGAGCUUCAGAAUAUUGUGAAAAAGCUCAAUGAUAGGGUGAUGGAGCUCGAAAAUGCACAAAUGCUCCAAAAAUUGGUGAAAAAAGAAGAUCAAAUUUCACAGACAUUCAGUAAUGCAGUGAACUCGGAAAUGAGAUGA